CUCGGACCACCCUUGGCCGCAGCCUCAGGCUCCAGAUCCUCCCCUCUCCAUCCAAGCCAGCUUUUGGCCCCUUCUUGCCGUUGUCGGGAGUCUUGACGUACGGCCCAAACGCCGGGCCUCUGCUCGGAGAGAUGCCCGGGUAAGAGUAAGCAGACCUGCAUCCAGUCUACCCAACAAGAGUCCACAGACAAGUUUCCGAAUUGGACGCGCUCGUGCGCACGCGCGGGCACGUACAUGGGCGGGGCCUCGACCUCAGGUCCCGCCCAGGCGUCCUGAGCUUCCUCUUCCGAAUAGAGGCGUGGCUGCGGCGCCCGCGGGAAACCGGGUGGAUGUUUCGCCGCUGGGUGCAACCGCGGGAAUGGCAAGCUUGGGGACCCUUGUCCUGCGGCCCUGGAUUCGAGAGCUUGUCCUGGGGUCAGAGGCACUCUCAAGUCCGCGGCCAGGGCAGCUACUCAAGGUUCUGCAGGACGCCGAGGGCCCGGGCCCGUCCCGCGCCCCUGACAGGCCUGACGUCGGGGCUGCGCUGCUUGUGUCCGACGGGACCCACAGUGUCCGAUGCCUGAUGACGCGGGAAGCCCUAAACACCUCGGACUGGGAGGAGAAGGAGUUCGGCUUCCGAGGCGCAGAAGGCCGGCUGCUGCUCCUGCAGGACUGCGGGGUCCGAGUCCAAGUCGCCGAAGGGGGCGCGCCUGCGGAGUUCUACCUCCAGGUGGACCGCUUCAGCCUGCUUCCCACGGAGCAGCCCCGGGAAUGGGUGACUGGUUGCAACCAGGACCCGGAUGUGCAGAAAAAGCUCUAUGACUGCCUGGCGGAGCACCUUUCAGAAUCCACCUCCCCCAGUGCAGGUACUUGCCUUUCACUGUCCCAACUUCUGGAUGAGGUGCAGGAGGACCAGGAGCAUCGGGGGGCGCUAGUGCGCCUGGCUGAGAGCUGCCUGAUGCUGGCAGGCCCUUGCACAGCAACCCCCCUCACCCGCUGGGCCACCUCACGUCACAGGGCCACGGGAGAAGCUGUGUACACUGUCCCCAGCCUAUGGCUGCACAUUUCUGAGAAUGACCAGCGAAUCCUGAGCUCUCUGGGCCCAGAUCAGAGGGCACAGGGCCCUGAGCUGCCCCCACCAGACCCAGCUCUGCAGGACCUAUCGCUGACCCUGAUCUCUUCUCCUCCUUCCUCACCCAGUUCCUCAGGAAUCCCUGCCUUACCCAGCCACAUGCCAUCAGAGGAAAGUGGUGCCAGCAUCAGCCUUCUGCCUGCCCUGUCCUUGGCUGCUGUAGACCCAGUACGGCAGGGCAGCUCCCAGCCCCUACCAGCCAUCUGCUCAGUCCCUGGCCCCCUGACCCCCAGUUCCCCACACCCCAGCCAUGUACCCAACUCCCCCCUCAUGAGCUAUACCCCAAGUCUGUCACCCCUUGGCCAUGUCCCCAGUCCACACCAGGCCCAUGUGACCAGGACCCAGAAACCCAGCCUGGAGUUCAAGGAGCUAGGGUUGCCCUCUAAGAACUGGCAGCACUCUCCAAGGACGAGAACCGCCAAGGGAGCCCUGGAGUCCAGCCCUGUCUGGGAUCCCCCAAAGAGGCAUUGUGAUGGUUCUGCCUUCCAAUAUGAGUACGAGCCACCCUGCAGCUCCCUCUGUGCCCAGGUCCAAGCUGCCAGGCUCCCUCCCCAGCUCAUAGCCUGGGCCUUGAACUUUCUGAUGGAGCCACAGCCGGAGUCUGAGCUAACCCAGUUGUGA